AUGGCAAGCCUUCGGCGGAUGGAGGAGCGGUUCAGGUCUGAGAGCUAUUUGAACAGCACGAAUAGGCUGCAGAUCUUGGCCACCAAGACGUCGACGCAGCAAGCCCGCAGGUGGGUCGUCCUGGGCUUGGAGGAUUUGAUCAACAGCGGCCUGCUGGAGAACGAAGCCAUCUCCAAGCAGAAGCUCCUCGGAGACAAGCAUGUCUGUGGACUGGUCGCUCUUCUGGAAUUUAAGCUUCGUUGCCUGGGUCACAUCACCGAUGUGCUCAUGGUGCAGGCGCAAUUCCAGGACAAGACGCGUGCGGCCAUGCGCAGUCGAUUGAGCUCUGCCAUGGACGCAAGAGAAGCCACGCAGACAGAUUUGAGCUGGCAGGGGCUAGUGGAGCCCAGUGCUCAGAAAGCUAUCCACUUCCUCAUGGACGUCGUCUACGGCACACGUUUCGACAACUUGAUGAAGUCCAAGGUGAAGGCCGGAUCUCAUCCCGACCUGCUGCUGGACAUAGACAGCAUCAGUGAUGAGUGGAAAGCGGUGGAAGCUCUGCGCUCGAAUGAGUUGGACGAGGCCAAGGCUAAAGCUUCCGAGGAUGACGGGAGCAGCGACGGGGGCGAUGACGAGCUUCCCUGCGACGGCUCUGCCAAAGGAAUCAGUCAGGCCCUGAAGCAAGCACGUGCCAAUCCGAAUCAUUGCAAAAAGAAUUCCCCAGCUUACUGGAGAAGUGUUGCAGGGCAGACGGUGCGCAGCUACUUGAGAAUCCUGACAGAGGCCAGCACCGAGAAGGGCAUCAUUCAGAGUGUGGAGCAGAUGAAUCUUGAGAGCCCGGAGUUCGGGAAGAGCACCACCCUGGUGAUGUGCGACACCAGCCUUCUUGGCGAGUCACACGGCCCCGGGCAGCAUCCUGGCUUGCGGAAGAAGUAUAGCCCAGACCAUGCCUGCCUGGAGAAAUUGUGUGGCAGCACGUUGAUCGCUUUGGGCUCCCAGGCCAACGCCAAGGGAGUUUCCAACCCUGCAGACACCGUGGUUUUCGCCCUGGUGGACCCUGGCAGCUGCAUGUCGAAGCAGUUUUGCAGAGAUUCAGAGAAAAUGGCCGUGUGGGUCAUGUUGUCCCACGAGUCAGUCCGUGCACGGAAGAAGAUCAACCGCGGCUCCAAUGCAACCUCGCAGCGCGUGGAGAUGACAUUGUUCACCGAAAAGACCUUCGGCAUGAUGGUGCCGGAAAUGCCACGCAUCGUGUACGCCGGCUACACCCACGGGGAUGCUAUCGGGCCUGUGACAGCCCUCGCGCCGGACAAGCUAUGGCGGCUGCCCCGUGCCGAGAAAGAGGAGAUAUUGGGUGCGAGGAAAGUGACUGUUCCUCCGGGCGAGGACCCCGACAUCGAAGGCGAAAGCGUCUUCAGUUGCGCUGUGCUGCCCAUGGAACUUUAUCAAGAGGUCAUUCACUCGACGAAGGCUCAGACCGUGGUGGACUUGUCCCCGGGACAAGGUGAAUGCUGCAAAGCAGCGCUUGCCUUGCGCGUCCCCAUCGUGGCCAUGUGUGGGAGUGAAGCCCACAGCCAGAGGCUAGAGCUUCUGCUCACGGAAUACAUAUUCCAAGAGCAACGAAGAGAAUCCUCGACGUUUUACCGAGCCGAGGCAUGCGAGGACAACGUCGAUGCAGAGGACGAGGAUGAAAAAAAGACUACCAAGAAGCGCAAGAAUGAAAGCCAACCGAAAAAGCAGCCCAAGAAGAAGGCUGCCUCGAAGCCCAAGCCGAAGAAGAAGGCUGCCGAUGAGAAAGACCAGGAGGACGAGCAGGGCGAGGAGGAUGAUGGCGAGGAAGAUGAGGGAGAUUUGCAAGGGCAAGGGUCUCCGUUGCCGUGGUGA